GACUUUUUCGGCCAUCUUCCCGUGCCGCGCACUGCUCGACCGCCGCCGCCGUCUGCACCCAAAGCAAUACGCCGCCGCGCCGCCUCCCUCCCAGCCACCAUCUCUUUUCGACGCCGCGGAAGAGAAGGCCGUCCGAGAACAAGCCAAGCACCAACAACCCUUUCCCCUUCCGAUGGGCGAGCGGCUCGCCGGUGCCGAGAAAGAGGUGCUCGUGGAGAUUGUGAGGUUCACCCAGAAGAACGGCCUGAAGGGGGCCGAGGGGGGAUGGAAGGAUUUCCUGGCUCUGAACGACAAGAAGUUCGGCGCCUCCGUCAGCGACCCCAAGAAGCGGACCAAGGACGUGCUGCUCGCGUUCCUCGUAACCUUCUCCAAAGAUUUUCAGAAGUACUUUCGCAAAUUGGUGAGGCGUCACGCUGAACGGAGAGCUAUCGAGCAGUAUAUGAAUGAGUUUUCCGGCAAGAUUUCUCCGGAGCAGAAGCUUGUUCAGUUGACGACAGAGCACCUUGACUACAGGAAAAACUACUACUUCCCAUCUUAUCAAGAGGGGUGGAAAGUAAUGCGGAUAGGAAAAGUUUCUAGUAGUAUGAACUCUGGAGCCAUGUUGGCAAUUGACUGUGAGAUGGUCCUUUGCCACGAUGGUACAGAAGCUGUCGUCCGAGUAUGUGUUGUAGACAACAAACUGGAGGUGAAGUUGGAUACACUUGUAAAUCCCCUGAAAGCUGUUGCAGACUACAGGACACACAUCACUGGUGUAUCUAAGAAGGAUUUAGAAGGAGUCACAUGCUCAUUAGUUGAUAUUCAGAAAUCAUUGAAGAAAAUCUUGGCCAAAGGAAAGAUUUUGGUUGGCCAUAGCUUAUAUAGAGAUCUAUAUGCUCUGAAGUUUGAUUACAGUCGAGUCAUUGAUACGGCAUACAUCUUUAAGUAUGCGAAUUUACCUACCACUUCAUCAGCUUCUUUGAACAGCCUUUGCAAGUCUGUUUGUGGGUAUUCCGUUCGGGAAGACGGAGAACCACAUAACUGCUUGAAGGAUGCAGAAGCUGCGAUGAAUCUAGUUACCGCAAAGCUCAAGCAUGGAUUUAAUGAUCCCAUCGAAAUUGCGGAGAAUAGUGUACCUGAACCUGACCAGAUGAAGUUGCUUGCUCAUAGAAUUCCAGUCUACCUUCCUUGUCAAGAGUUGCUUAAAAUUUUCUCUGGGAAUCCCAGCAUCGAUGAGAAGAUUGAUUCAAGGAUUCGAGGCGAGUUUUACUCUACGUGUAUUUCUUUUAAUGACAUAGAUGAGGCAGAUAAAGCCUUUGAUGAAUUAGAUGGCCAAGAGACUAAGGACUCCAGUGGGCGACUCCAAAAACCGGUACUCCUGAAGCGUGACAAUGGAGAUGUCGCGGGCUUCUUUGUCCGGAAGAUGGUAUAUGGUUCCCGACUCAGCAAUUCUGAAGUUUUGAAGAAGAGGCCACAGCCUAUUGAGAACACGGAGCAAAGGAAAGAAGAUGUCAAUGGGGAUAAGCGAAAAAGGCAAAGAACUAGCAAGAAGCAUGCGAAGAAAGCAAAGGCACCGGUUAUCGAGUGAAGAGCUUCAGGGGAGGGCUGAUGCUGAGCUCAUCUUGUUACAAAUGGAUGCUGAUCAAUUGUAUGAGGUGUUGUCAGUGAAGGAUUUUGAGAUCAGACACGCUGGAAGCACUGGAUGUCGAGAGGAACAGUUUUUUCAUGACUCAGCAAGCAUUUUUGGUGAUCUCUAACCUCUAGGUCUUGCCCAUCUAGGCGGUUGAUAGUUAACCAAGGAUCAUGAAAUGUUGUUCGCAUGGAAGGGUUUGCUAACUGACUUAAACUUGAGCAUACUUUCAGCUGAAUUGAUAUUGCUGUUUACUGGUAGCAUGUGGAGAUCCACUAAAUUGGAGGUUGGUAACAUUUAAAAAAACACUAGCAGGCUAUCAGAACUUGGAGGUUGGUGGAUUAACUCCUAGGUAAUAUUGUGGUUGUGUUCAA